UCAUGAUUGUAUUGUUGUUAAAUGUCAAAUCAGUCAAAUGAAAAGACCUAAAUACACAAUUUACUUAAUUGUGGAAAGUUCGUUUACAGUUAGAUAAUAUUGAUGUCAUGUGCAUUUAUUUACAACAAUGAAAACAAUUUUUUCACAAUUUCUCACGAGUUAAAUAUAUCUAUGAGGUAAAAAUGUUAAAAAUUUAAAGUGCCAAUUGACAACUGCCAGCUCAUCUGGUGUUUAUGGACAUUUUUUCAGUGCUGUAAUGUAACAAAAUUGCCAUAAUGUCAUAUGAAGGAAGUACACACAAUGUAGAGCUCUCUCCGGCCUUUAUAGAACAUUUGCAGGUUGAUUUCAAAAGCCUAUCUUCUGAGUCAAAGAAGAAGUAUCCCCAAGUGAAAGAGGCAUGUGAAGAAGCUAUUCUUAAGUUAAAAGGUGCCCAAUCUUCCCCACAAACAUCAAUAUACUAUGUUGUUAACCAAAUUAUCUACCCUCUGUCGCAAGGUUGUGAAACAAAGGAUGUUAAAAUUAUACGGUUAUGCCUACAAAUAAUGCAAAAACUUAUAACACAUCAAUUAGUAGAUCAGAAAGGUGCACUAUAUAUUACUGACACACUAUGGUCUCUAAUGGAAUCAGGAAUUGAAGAAGUGAAAAUAUUACAAACAGUGACACUACUUUUGACCACCAAUACUGUGGUUCAUGGAGAAACAUUGGCUAGGACAUUGGUACUAUGUUUUCGGCUCCACUUUGCUAAAAACUCUACUACUAUCAAUACAGCUGGAGCAACAGUGAGACAGUUGGUAUACCUAGUGUUUGAAAGAGUUGUGUCAGAAGAUGAACAGCUUUCAAAAUCUGAAAACAUUCCUCAAAGAACUACUGCCAACUUUGAGGAUUUAAAGGUGCCUAGUGGAAAUCCACCAAAGGGACUUCCACCAUGUGCAGGAGAUGCAUUUUUAUUAUUUCAAGACUUAGUGCAAUUGGUGAAUGCAGAUCAACCAUUUUGGUUGAUAGGAAUGACUGAAAUGACAAGAACUUUUGGAUUGGAGUUGUUAGAAUCAGUAUUAACUCAGUUUUCUUCAGUUUUUUUCAAGAAUACUGAAUUUAGUUUUCUACUUAAAGAAAGAGUGUGUGCUUUAGUUAUAAAAUUAUUUUCGCCAAAUAUUAAAUACAGAAGCAAUGUUCCCAGUAGCCUUCAACAGGCAACACCAUUUGAAAAGCCAUAUUUUCCCAUAAGUAUGAGAUUACUCAGGGUUGUGUCUAUUUUAAUACAGAAAUACCAUAGUUUGUUGGUGACUGAGUGUGAAAUAUUUCUAUCUUUAAUUGUUAAGUUUUUGGAUCCUGACAAGCCAACAUGGCAGAGAUCCCUUGCCUUGGAAGUAUUACACAAAAUGACGAUCCAGCCAGAGUUACUGAAUUCGUUCUGUCAAUGUUAUGAUUUAAACCGGCACACAACUAGCAUAUUUCAAGAUAUAGUAAACUCUUUAGGAGCUUACGUCCAGUCCCUCUUUGUUAGUCCUCAGUUGCAAAUGGGAGCAGGUA